CUAUCACUCUGUCCCAACCUACUCUGGAUUCAUAGGGAAUGCUCUAACUACUCAGCGCGGGGACAGGUUUUUUAGUACUGGAUUAUUGGAUAUAUUUAGCGGAUACAUUUUUAACAGCACUGAAAAGGAUUUCUUGCUAUAUCAGAGUCACUGCUUCAAAGAUUUGAAUUUACAUUCAUGAAGGCUUACAGGGAAAGGGAAGGAAGGAAACGGAUGUUUGGUUGAGGUCCAAAACCUACACACACAGGACUGAAUGUCCCUUCUCCACUGAGUGCAUCCUUUACUGUCUUGCUCUCAGGAUGUCUAGAAUGGUGUUGCUGUAGGGGAGAGGACCACCACCUUACCAUCUGCAGACAGUGACCCGGCCAGUUAAACACCAUGCCUCGCUUAAGUGUCAGUCCCAGCUCACAGCCUAACUGUAGCCCUGUCUGGCUCAUCUCUGUUCUCCUGGGCCUCUUGGCUAUACACACUAAUGCCAAAGAUGUCCUUACUGUACCCCAGCAGGUGAGCCUGUCAGCCAACAUGUAUACACAGCAUCUAACCAUAUCCUGGCUGGGGGGAGCAGUCACAACCUUUGACCUCAUAAUUCUAAGAACUGAACUCAAUGAAACUGUCUUCUAUGAGACGGUGUCUGUGACAAUGAAUCAGGUGAGUGGUCGGCACCAGUGGAACUGGACCUCAGUUGAACCUCUUCAGUGUACCUCGCUGUCGAUCAAAAUCCGCUCACGAGAUGGACAGACAACAAGUGAAUGGAGCAACACUCAGAUACUUCAAGGAAGCGAUCUCCCGAGCAAUGAGAAAUUCCAGAUGUACCCCCAGGACAGAAUUGUACCUGUGGGGGCCAACACCACCUUCUGUUGCAUUGUGGAAGAGGGGUUGCUAUUUGGUACCAUCCAUUAUGGCAACACAGUCAUGAACACAACACGGCUAAGUAGGCGAAGUUUUGCCACUACAGUGGUUAAUCAGGAACUUUCCGGCGAGACGGGAACCAACGUCGUCUGUUUUGACAACCAGAGGACAAAGCUGACUGGAGCAGUGGUGUUUGUUGGAUAUCCACCACUACCCACUGAUUUUGUGUGCGAGACUCGUGACUUAACCUCAGCUGUGUGCCAGUGGAAGGAAAAACGAGACACGAACUUGUAUAGAAAACGAGGAACACGCUACUCGCUGAACAAGAGGAACUGUACUUUGAGCAGCCCAGAGGAGAAGCAGAAAGAGUGUAGCGUGGCCCAGUGGGAGGGUAACUUUACACUGGUAGCUGUAAACCCUCUCGGCCAGUACAGCCUCACUGAUUCUGCUGAGAUCACUCACAGAGUGCACCCAGUUGCACCAGAUAACCUAACCUUUGUUGUCCAUGCCUGGAAUGCCACUGUGUUGUGGCAAUGGGAGUAUAAGAGCUAUCCCUCUUUGGCUCUUGACUGCCAGGUAGAGCUUGCCUCCCAAGGAUACAAAACAAAGCGUACCUUCUCUGGUGUGGGUCUGCGGUCGGUGGUUCUAUCAGACCUGUAUCCUGAUGAGGAUUACAAUGUUCAAGUCCGCUGCGGUGCCCAGCAGAAUUUCUGGAAGUGGGGAAGCUGGAGCAAAUCAUUUUCCUUUAAAACCAACAAUUAUGUUCCAGAUGCUCCUGAUGUGUGGAUGUGGAUGAACAAAGACUACACUGGGCAGGUCAUUUGGAAGCCUCUGACACAAAGACAGAGCCAUGGUCUGAUCACAGGUUAUGAAGUUACUCUCUGGAGCCCUGAAGUAAAUAUCCAGCACACAGAAUUGUUUUCACCGGAUACUUAUGCUGUACCAGUCAACCUCACACAGAUCGCUACCCGCAGCAGUGACAACAAGGUCAUGGCAACCGUCAUUGCAAAGAAUGCUGCUGGGGUGUCUCAACCUGCAAGUGUACUUAUACCUUUACGUCUAACAGAUGUGGAACCCCUUACUGUGUCCAGGGCAGUUUAUACCGACAGAGGCUUCCCUCUGUUCUGGCAGCGCAAUCCCAACGACACCUGGGCUUAUGUGGUAGAAUGGUAUGAAGCUUCCUGCAAGUGGGACUGCCCUGUGGAGUGGAUCAAGUUGGCCGCUGGAAACACUAAUGUCACCAUUAAGUCAGCCAACUUCCAGCCGGGUGUGAGGUACAACAUUUCCCUGUACAGUAGCUCCUCAGAGGCCCCAGAGCUGCUGCAGCAUUGGCAGGGAUACAUGCAGGAGCUGGUCCCUUCCAGUUCUGUCCUCCUGUCAACCACUCAGCACGACUCUGAUGUUGUCCUUACCUGGAGAGAGAUCCCGCUGGUCAACAGAAGAGGCUUCCUCCUGGGCUACAACAUUUACAUCAGUGGUGGCUCCCAGCUCACACUUCUAGCCAAUCUGUCAGAUCUAGAAAGCAGGAGCUACACAGUAAAAGGUCUCUCUCAAGGCCUCUAUAACUUUACUGUCAAGGCCUACACCUCAGCAGGCGAGGACAAAGGCACCACUGCCUCCAUAACGCUGGAGCCAUACACGGAUUGGCUGAUCCUAGAAAUCUUGGCUUCCCUGGGAAUCAUAGCCUUACUCCUGGCCGUUGUCACCUUCAUUUGCUACAAGAAAAGAAAAUGGGUGAAAAAGGCGUUCUAUCCAGACAUACCUGAGCCCAAGCUGUCUGGUGAUUGGUCCAGGUCACAGGGGCCGUUGGAUGUGAAGCCAUCUCCCCACAGUUUGGUCCAUAUGGUAGAAAAGCCUGAGUGGGAUUCUAGUAAAGAAGUGCUCGUCGUCAUUCCUGAAGAAGACGAGUUUGAAGGAGACGAGCCAGUUGACACAGAUGAGCCAACGUCAUUACGCUACUACAACCAAGUGGUAGAUGAGCGGCCCAUAAGACCGCGUUUUCCAGACUCCUCAGAUUCGUCUGCAUCUUCUUUGGAUUCAGCAUGCACCGAUGUGACGUACACCGGGAUCCAGACCUCAGGGUCUUCUUUGGUGUUCCAGCUAGAUCCACAGGGCUCUUCUGAGGGCCACCAACCCCAGGCUGAUCUGUCUGUUUGUGGAGGAGGAGGAGGAGGUUACCGGCCCCAGAUGCAAUCUAGAGCCCCAAGUGAUGACAUAGGCCUAGCAUCACCUGAGCCUUUCCUAGAGCCCCAGGCUGCCAGUGCUGGGGACUACAAACCCCAGAGCUCCUGGCAUUUUGACUCCCCCGUAGAGGCUGGGGAAAGUGGGGGGCUGGCACUGUCUCUUGGAUCCCCCACCUCAGUUGCUUCCACUCAGUUCCUCCUCCCUGAUGGAGAGGAACAUGCAGAGGAGCAACGACAGCCGUCAUCAUCGGCAGCAACCUGGUUCACCAACCUACUGUCAUCCACAAAACCAUGAUAUCAUCUCUCUCUCACUACUAGCAGCCAGGCCGGGGGGGGGUUUAACAUAAAACUUUCAGAUUCAUUACUGUGGCAUGACUCAAACAAGCCUAACCCAUAUGGUCUAGGUAAAUAUCCCCUCUGAUGUAGCACUACAUUCUUACAGCUGUACUUUAACAACAGUAAUGCUAUUUAAGGUGUUAUGAUGUAGUUAGUUUUCUCUGUCAUGCAAAUAUAAAUAUAAAUAGGUUAGAGAUGCACCGAUAGAUGUCUGCGCUAUUCUCGCACAUGUAGGGAACC